CGUAAGUAAACAAAUAAAUAAAUAUUUAAAAAAUAGAAGAAAAAGAAAAAAGAGAAAAGAAAAGUCAGAAGAAGACGAACACGAUUAAAUAAUUAUUCGGAAAAUGUUGCUAAACAGUUUUUAACAUUGUUAUGAAAUUCAGAGUAACCGACAUAACUCUUGUUAAUCUAUAGUUAAUAUACGGUUAAUUAUUAUAAUAACUGUUAAUAUUGCAACGUAACGAACAUUGUGUUGUUUGAGCAGCAUGCAUGCUUUAUUCACCGAUCAGAAUUCGUUUUCACGUCAUUAUGCCCAAACCGCCGGCUAUUCGACAACAGCAGCCACCGCCGGUGCGAUGUCGACGGCAAGUGCUGCUGCCGCAGCUCAUUACGCAUAUGAUCAAUACUCUCGCUAUUCGUAUCCGGCUACCGCAUAUGGUCUAGGCGCGACACAUCAAAAUAAAGAAGUCGUUAAACCACCUUUUUCCUAUAUAGCUCUAAUUGCAAUGGCUAUACAAGAUUCAGACGAAAAGAAAAUCACAUUGAAUGGCAUUUAUCAAUACAUAAUGGAUAAGUUUCCAUAUUAUAGGGAAAAUAAGCAGGGCUGGCAAAAUAGCAUCCGACACAAUUUGUCUUUAAAUGAAUGCUUCGUUAAAGUAGCUCGCGACGAUAAAAAACCCGGAAAAGGAUCUUAUUGGACUUUAGAUCCCGACUCUUACAAUAUGUUUGAUAAUGGUUCAUAUUUGCGGAGACGUCGACGCUUCAAAAAGAAGGAUGUUCUACGGGAGAAGGAAGAAGAUAUGAAACGUCAAGCUAUGCUAAAUGAGAAAUUUCCUGAAAUUAAACCAUUAAAGUUAAUCACGAAUGGCAUGCUAGAGGCUAAACAUAUGGCUCACGCUCAUGCUCAUGCUCAUCAUUUCAAAAAAGAACCGCUCAGCAUGGAAUUAAGUUGCUUAGGCGGUAAAGAGUCAAUGGCAGCCGGUUUAAGUACAGCGGCAAUGCUUAAUUCUUGCCACGAUAGCCUAGCUCAGAUGAAUCAUUUGGCAGGGAGUGCUGUAGAACAUCCUGGCUUUGCAGUCGAUUUAAUGAACGUUUAUAAUCCCCGUCUUCAUCACAGCGCUUACUCGUAUCAUCAUGCCCUUAACGAAGAGAAUUUGGGUGUGGCGGCGACUAGUCAAAUGCAUGUCCAUCAUGCUGCUGCGGCUCAUCAUGCCCAACAAAUGCGGCAUCAUCAUCAUCAUGUAACUCAUGGUCAUCCCUUGACGCCAAGCAGUGCCAAUUCCCAUCAUCAUCAGCAUCAUCAUCAUAAUGGCAUACAGGUGGGAGGCAUAAGUGCGGGCACUACAAACACCACAAUUUCUUCGAGAACUUCACCUACAAGUAUUAAUGCAUCGCAUGGCCCAGCUCAUGGCGGCUGGUAUACCCCCGAAACUCCUCCAUCGGAACCUGUUAACAAUGCCCUCAACAAUAACGUUACACCCAGUAACGGUAGCAACACUAAUCCCAAUGCCAACAACAACAACAAUAAUAAUAGUAGUGUGCAUAAUGACAACAAUAACAGUGCCCAUCAUAAUGCUAUAGCCGCCAGUAGUCCAUCCGCGAUAGCGGGCACCAUCAUAACCGGCCAUACUACAUUGCCCUUCAGAGAUUCGAUAUUCGAGCAAACAAAUCAAAAUUAUCAAUUGGACUCGGGUAGUCCAACCGAUAGUAUACAAUCAACCAGUCCACCGGUGCCAUCGUCAACGUCCUCAGCUACCACAGCGUCAACAGCUGCUGCAGCAGCGGCUGUUCUUAGCACACAUCAUCAUCAUCAUCAUCAUCAUCAUUUGAGUAGUAAUCUCGGCAAUCUCGGCAAUCUGCCCCAUUACCGUUCACAUGUUGGCCACUAUCAGGAUUAUGGCAUUAAAUAUGGCGUCUAA